AUGAGUAAUGAAGAUAAGGAUAAGAAUGUUGAUAAAAUGGAAAGACAACUUGGAUAAUUAGGUAAAGUAACACUUUAGAAUAGAAAAAUGAGUAAUAUGAUCAAUGAUGCAAUUCAUCAUUUACAAUAGAAAUAAAUCAAUUGA